GUUUCUAACACCUCAAAAUGAUUAUUUGUGGCAUUACAUUUGCGCUCAGCUUGCUGUUCACAAUCCACACAUCAUUUGGACAACUACCACCUGGUUGUAACCGUCAAAUCACCGUAAAAUUUGGAGACAAUUGCUGGGACAUUGCUUCUGAAAACAAUAUAUCAGUUGCUGAUUUACUUAGAUUCAAUCCGAAACUAAAUUGUAACGCUCUUCGCCUAAAUCAAGUCCUUUGUGUAUCAGUUGCUGUACGUAAGAAGACCGUUUCUUUUGAACGAAGUGAAGAAAUGACGAGCAGCAGAGAGACUCAGACGCACCAUUCAGUUUCUUUUACACGAAGUGAAGGAAUGACGAACGAAAAACCGACUCAGACGCCAAAAUCACAAUCCUGUAAAUCUGUAACAGUUAAGUCAGGAGAUACCUGCUGGUCAAUUGCAUCUUCUAAUGGAAUUACACUCGCAAAACUUUUGGAAUUCAAUUCUCUAAGCUUAAAUUGUAACAAGCUUCCGAUUGGACAGAGAGUUUGUGUUAGUCAAAAUCAAAAAACGAGUACCGACACACAGACACCAAAAGCACCGCUGCCUGAGACGCCAAAGCCACCGCAGGCUCAGAAGCCAAAAUCACCACAGAUUCAGCCGCCGAAUACACAAUCCUGUAAAUCUGUAACAGUUAAGACAGGAGAUACCUGCUGGUCAAUUGCAUCUUCUAAUGGAAUUACACUGGCAAAACUCCUGGAACUCAAUUCUCUAAGCUUAAAUUGUAACAAGCUUCCGAUUGGACAGAAAGUUUGUGUUAGUCAGACGCCAAAAUCACAAUCCUGUAAAUCUGUAACAGUUAAGUCAGGAGAUACCUGCUGGUCAAUUGCAUCUUCUAAUGGAAUUACACUGGCAAAACUCCUGGAAUUCAAUUCCCUAGGCUUAAAUUGUAACAAGCUUCCGAUUGGACAGAAAGUUUGUGUUAGUCAAAAUCAAAAAACGAAUACCGACACACAGACACCAAAAGAACCGCAGCCUCAGACGUCAAAAUCACCGCAGGCUCAGAAGCCAAAAGCACCACAGAUUCAGCCGCCGAAUACACAAUUCUGUAAAUCUGUAACAGUUAAGACAGGAGAUACCUGCUGGUCAAUUGCAUCUUCUAAUGGAAUUACACUGGCAAAACUCCUGGAACUCAAUUCUCUAAGCUUAAAUUGUGACAAGCUUCCGAUUGGACAGAAAGUUUGUGUUAGUCAAAAUCAAAAAACGAGUGCCGACACACAGACACCAAAAGCACCGCAGCCUCAGACUCCAAAAUCACCGCAGGCUCUGACGCCAGAAUCACCACAGUCUCAGACGCCAAAAUCACCACAGACUGAGACACCAAAAUCACAAUCCUGUAAAUCUGUAACCGUUAAAUCAGGAGAUACCUGCUGGUCAAUCUCAACUUCUAAUGGAAUUACGCUUGAAGAACUUCAAGAACUUAAUUCUCCCGGCUUAAAUUGUAACUCACUUGCAAUUGGACAGAAAGUUUGUGUUAAUCGAAGUGAAGAAACGACACCACAAUCGUGUCAAUCUGUAACCGUUAAGUCAGGAGACACCUGCUGGUCAAUCUCGACUACUAAUGGAAUUACGCUUGAAGAACUUCAAGAACUCAAUUCUCCCGGCUUAAAUUGUAACUCACUUGCAAUUGGACAGAAAGUUUGUGUUAAUCGAAGUCCAACCGGCUCAUCGGCUCAGACACCACAAUCCUGCAAAUCUGUAAUCGUUAAGUCAGGAGACACUUGCUGGUCAAUCUUCACUUCUAAUGGAAUUACCAUAUCACAACUACAAGAAUUCAAUUAUCCCCGCCUAGAUUGCAGCAACCUUGUAGUCGGACAAAAAGUUUGUGUUAGUGGAGGUAAUUCAUCUGAUGCAGAAACACUCUCCUGCAAAACAACGAAAGUAUACUCCGGAGAUACUUGCUGGUCAAUUGCUACAAGAUAUAGUUUGACUUUGGACCAGUUAACGAAAUUAAAUCCGAAAGUUAAUUGUAGCAUUUUACAACCGGGACAAUUGAUUUGCAUAGAGAAUUGUGAUCUGAAGUAUCAACCGAUAAUUUCCCCGAAUUGCAAAACAGUUUUUGUUCAAGACAGCGGUCUUACUUGUAAGCAAAUUGAAACCGAAUUUGGCCUCAAAGAUGGAGAAAUUGCAAAGUUGAAUUCAAAUUACGCUUGCUGCGAUAAUAAAACGACAGUUCUGCCAUUUGGACGUCAAUUGUGCGUCAAAUUGAAUGAUGAAAUACCAACUUGCUCAAAAGAGUAUGUGAUAAUUCCAGGGGACACCUGUUGGUCGAUUUGGGUGAGUUAUCGAUUGUCCGAAUGGCAAUUUCGUAAACUAAAUCCAGACAUCAACUGCGAUAAUUUGCUACCUGGUAAAUCAAUUUGCAUUUCGAAUGAAAAUAUUACUGGUCAAGAAUGUGUAUUAACGAUGGCCGCUCAACCUGGUGAUACUUGUCAAACACUUGCACAAAAGGCUGGAAUUACCAUCGACGCACUGAAAAGUCUUAAUAAAGAUAACCUGAACUGUGGAAAUGUACAAGCACAACAGACUAUUUGUAUCAGCAAUGACCAGCGAUUUAAAGUAUAUGACAGAAAUGACGAUGGACCUACAAAACAAAUGCUUGAAACGACAGUUCGUCAAAUUCUUUCCGGUGGAACAGUGAAAAAUGAAAAUACGAUUACACGACUGAAGGGGUACCUUGCAGGCACGGUUCUGCCGGAGGACAUCGUACCUGACCUCACCGAAAUCCUAAGUACCACUGAUGGCAGCAAAAUUCUUGAUGGCUUAAAAGAUAACAAAGAUUUCAAAGACUUCAACACCAUUAAUCAGGACCAUCGAUCUCAACUAUGCAGUUCGCUUACUGCUGGUGCAUACAAAACUUGUAUUUGUGAUACUACCAUUCCUUUCAUACAGUGUCAAGCCAAAUUGUUCCAAAUGGGUAAAGAACUGAACAGAAAGCGAAGAGAUUUGCAGGACAUGUUCCAAAAUGUGACAACAGCUGUAACUAAGCAUAGACGAAGUACAAGAGGCGCAGUUUCAAUACCGGAACCCUUAAAAACUUUCCUCGAUCAACUUUGCAAAGGGUGCUUAUCCGGUACUGGCUGUAUUGAAGUUCGACGUUGUGCAAUUGUAUUCGUCAUACUAGAAGUUUGUUUGGGAGCAGGCUUCUGUGUACCUAAUCCAUUAUCACUUAUCAGCUCUAGUGGUCAUAUUACAGUAUCUCAAUUCGAAGAUUCAAAAGUUGGCGUUGACAUUUCCCUAUGCAUUACGUUUCUUAACGAAAUUCUUAGCGCAUUCGGCGCUGAUGCUUGCAUUGCAAAAGCUGGUAUCGAUUAUUUUUAUCUGAAGCAACAACUGGCUUUUUCGGGCACUAUAAGUCUCUUAGUUGUUCGAGGAAUAGUUGAUGGACGUGUUCAAGUUGCUGAACCGUUUAGUGAAGGUGUUUAUGACUCUGAUGCACAUGAGCUACUUGAUGAUAUGUGCACUGAGGAAAAGUACCAGUGCAAUGAUUAUUGCCAAGUGAAACCAGGACAUGUGUUUGUGGAAUAUAAAAUCCAAGGUUGGUUGUUUGGAUGGCAUGACAUCGCUAAGGGUUCAAAGAAUGAUCCACCACCGUGCAAACCAAAACCAAAGAAAAUUGACCCACCUGAAGCUUCAUUAGAUCGUAUCGUACUUUACACCACUAGUUGGGCACAGUAUCGCGCCUUCAAUGCAACAGUAGAUGGAAAACCCGUAACGAGACCAAACUCAUGUAAACCGUACGCUAGAACACCGAAGGACAUCGAUGCUUCUCUUAUCACCCAUCUCAAUUACGCCUUUUUGGUUAUUGAUGAGACAACAUUUCAAUUGAAGAACUUUGAAAAAAAUGACGAUGAACUUAUUGCACAAAUGAAUGCGCUGAAAGGGAAGAGUAGCCUGAAAACAUUGAUUUCAAUUGGUGGGUGGUCAUUUAGUCAAGGUGAGACUGGUUUAGGUGAGGGAACCAAAAAGAUAUUUUCGAACAUGGCAAAAACUCAGGAGGGCAGAGCAAGAUUUAUAGCAUCAGCCGUGGACUACGUCAUCCAGCACAACAUGGACGGAAUUGACAUCGAUUGGGAAUAUCCAACAGCUGAUGAUCGAGACAAUUUCACUUCUCUUUUAUUAGAAUUGCGUAGUGCUAUUUCUGCAUCAGGUAAAGAUAUCCUGUUAACGAUAGCAGCACCAGCAGGACGAAAGUGGUACUCGAACAUUGAUCUGGAAAACAUCCAUCAAUUUGUUGAUUUUAUCAACUUGAUGACUUAUGAUUUUCAUGGAGGAAGUUUUGACACAGGAGGCCCUAAUGUAAAUGCGCCGAUUAUUGAUUGUUCUUGUCCUGAAAUAGAGGACAUUGAAUUAGGACUGGAAUCUUACUUGGCUGCAGGUGUACCGUCUGAGAAAAUAAACCUUGGAAUGGCUACUUAUGGACGAACUUUUACGUUGGACGCUGCACAUAAAAAAUUUAGUGACAAAGAUACGUUAAGGAAUGGAGGAAGCAAAGGAGCUGGUAAGCAGGGAGUUUGCACUUUGACUCCUGGCGUUCUAGCGUAUUACGAAAUCAAAGAUUUGGUGCCCAACGAUAAAGUGGUCAUCGACAAUACCCUAAUGUCAGCCUAUGCUCGAUACGAUUCAGAUCAAUGGGUUGGCUUUGAUACAAAGGAGACCCACAACAUGAAAAUGUGUUUUGCCAGAAGAAAGCGAUUAGGUGGAAUCAUGAUUUGGGAUGGUGAAAUGGACGACAAACUUGAACUCGUUAAAAACAUGAAAGCCAACAUUGCCGGUGGCAGUUGUGACAAAUUCGUACUUCCAGAUUGUCCAAAGUCGAGGAAAAAGCGUGCAGCUAUUCGUACGAAGCCUUCGAAACCAUCCAAGCCUGCGGCGACUGAUAAAUGUGACUCAUUACCUCCGAUUCCAAAUAAAGAUUCUGCAGCUAUGCGAUCAUGCAAGGGAAUUAAAUCUGGAGCAAUGUGUAAAGUAGUCUGUAAAAAGAAUUACAAAGCUACGAAACCCGACGUACUUUGUAGGAAAGUCGGAUUGACGAGGGCAGUUUGGGCAACUGAUGCAGAUUGCGAACUGGAUUCUCCAGAUUGUGGAGACAAACCUUAUCCAAUUAUUAGAGUAACAGAUAGCGGAACAGCAGGAGCAACACUUUACUAUGCUAGAAUCGAUCCUACCAUAAAACUACCUAUUUGGAGUCUGUACGCACAAAAAAAGUUUUCUACGGCGAAUCCUGGUCGGGUGAAUGGAUUCAAGCAGCACGAAUGCUUUAAGAAUGGUCAACUUCUCACGUCACAAUACAAUAAUGUUGGCUACCACAGAGGCCAUUUAAGUCCUCAAGAUGCAUUUUCGUUUUCAACGGCAGCCAUGAAGGCUACAAAUUAUAUGAUUAACGUAGCACCACAAGAUGGAUCUACAAAUUCUGGAAUAUGGGAAACAUUGGAGAGUAAAGUAAAAGAUUUUCUGCAAGACAAUCCAGGAUUCGUGGUGACAGGUCUUUGCACCAAAAUAAAAUAUGUGAGCAAACUUCCAGUACCCGAUUGCUAUUGGAAAAUGAUUUGUACAAAGACAUCCAAAGGCACCACGACAGUGGGUGUAUUCUAUCACGAGAACACUCAAGCUGCCGAUGCUGAAAGCAGAAGAAAAGAAGUGAAAGAAGUUCGAGAUCAGAGCUUUAUAUUAACGAAAGCCACUGGUGCAGGACGGAGUCUUGCCGAUGUUUGGGUCACAGCUGCAAAACUUGCUGGAUCAGUGACAGGAUUGCCAAGUCCUACAGAUUGUGCUGCAAGCUUAACGCUUGGAACUGGUGGUAUAAAUGGUCUAUUCACUGGCACAAGAGGUGUUGGUGAUGAAGAAGAUUUAACACAGUUUUGGAACGACAAUAUUGGAAGCGAUAAAUAUGGACGAAAGUGGAAUCUUAAUUACCCUGUAUCUGAUCCUGCAGAUGAUAUAGACGAAGACGAAAACGAUGAAGAUGAUGAUGGUGAUGGUGACGAUGACGACGAUGUCGAUGACGAAUUUAAAGGUGCUGGUGGAAAUAUUCUUAGCGGUAAGAAUAGACGUCGUUGCGGUCACGACAUCAAAUAUUAAUUGUAAUUUGAAUGUAUGAU